AUGAGCUCACAUCAUCAAGGCCCGUCGGAGCUGUCGAUUACUGAUCCAGCUGCCGUUGAAGCCAUCUAUGGCACUCAAUCUCCAACGGUCAAGGGCCCUUGGUACACACUCCUCGAACCUCGCUACCCGCUUUUCAUGGCUCGCGACAAGGAGGAGCACGCGCGGCGCCGCAAGGUCUGGGACCAAGGAUUCAGUACCAAAGCACUUCUUGGAUACGAUCCUCGAAUCACCAAGGCAAUCAAUGAGCUCCUUCAAGUUAUUGAUCGCGACCACAAGCAACCGAUCAAUAUCACCAAGUGGUUUGACUUUUUCGUUUUCGACGUCAUGGAGGACCUAGCUUUCAACAAGAACUCCAAUAUGAUUCGCCAUGGCGAAGAUUCGUAUAUAUUCCAAACCAUACGAACUGAUAUGUUUAACAUUGCCUUCUUCGCCCAUCUUCCUUGGCUGUUGCCCUUUCUAAAAAGGACUCCGCUCUUGAACUGGAAUUAUAUCAAGUUCUGGAACUGGAUUCAAAACCAGAUUAACGAGAGGCGAAAGAAUGAGCCGGACCAACCCGACAUUUUCUCCUGGAUACUAAGCAACUACAAUCAGGGGGAGAAAACUCAGAAAGAUGAUUGGAAUCUACACGGAGACGCACAACUAAUUGUCAUUGCCGGAAGCGACUCUGUGGCGGCGACUCUCACUCAUAUUUUCUACGAACUUGCUUAUGACGCAAGUCUUACCAGAAGACUACAGGAUGCAUUCGAUGCUCUCCCUAGUCUAGACAACUCACAUUUAAUCAACGUUGCACUCCUAGACGCCGUGAUUAAUGAGACGCUUCGGCUACACCCGCCGGUUCCUUCCGGCACGCAGCGAGUUACCCCCCCAGAAGGGCUCCGUAUCGGUGAUAAACAAAUCCCUGGGAACACCAUCGUGCAAGUGCCAUCGUAUACAGUCUUCAGAGAUUCACGCAACUUUGAGAGACCUACAGAGUUUCUCCCUGAUCGUUGGACGACAGACAAGGAGCUUGUCAAGAACAAAUCUGUCUUUGUUCCUUUCAAUAUUGGCCCGUACGCAUGCGUGGGAAAGAGAUUAGCGUUGAUAGAAAUCCGGCGAGUCACUGCCGAGAUCCUGACUCGGUACAAUAUUACCGUGGCGCCAGGCUACGAAAAGGCAUCUUUCCUUGGAAAGAAGCAGGAUACUUUCACUGUCGUCUCCGGCCCACUCCCCCUCAUUUUCACCCCAAGAACCCCUUAA